UGUUUGUUUGUGAAGGUUUCUUGAGAAGAAACCUAUCACAUUCACAGUCAGCAACUCAAAACAAGAUGAAAGAGCUCAUAAUUUAUCUCAAUAAAUGGACACACAUUUGAGAUUCGAGUAAUCUGAUCAACAUCCAAUGGUUACAAUGAGCUGACCUCGUGAAGGCUGUACAAGGGAAUUAUACCUCUGUGGGGAAGACAGGUUCCAUAUACAAUGAUGAAAUUUGCUUCUUUUGAGAACAUAGUUGAGAGGAUCUACAAGCAUGUCAUCUCCAAACCAAAAUAUGAAUGCAGCAUUUCCCAGCAAGUAGGUGUGAGCAUUGUCGGUGGAUACAUGGCUGGUAUAUUGUGUGCUGUCGUCUCCCAUCCCGCUGAUAAUCUUGUCUCUUUCCUUAACAAUUCCAAAGGGGCAAGCGUUGCUGAUGCUGUAAAGAAGCUUGGACUAUGGGGUAUGUUUACCCGUGGUCUACCUCUUCGUAUUCUUAUGGUUGGAACUCUCACAGGAGCACAAUGGGGAAUAUAUGAUUCAUUCAAAGUUUUUGUGGGGCUGCCAACCACUGGUGGUGUUGCUCCUGCUCUUCCUCCUUCUGCUGCUUAGCUUGCAAAGGUGUCAAAUGGAAAACACUUACAUCGUUCUGUUUCAGGAACUUAGAAAAUGUAGGGACCAUAUAUAAUAAUCAGGGAAUUUCUGAAGGUGCUAAUUAUACAGAGAAUUUUUAUACAAAAUGAAGGAAAAUGCCUGCAACUGUCUUUAAAAUACUGGCCAAGGAAUAAAAAAGAAUAUUUUUUUU